AUUAGCUAUUAAUAGCUAGAUCUACUAGCUAGUAGCUACUAGCAUUGGCGCAAAAGCGGUACGUAGAUCCCUACUUAUUCCGCGUGUCACCAAAGUCCAUUUUCAAACAAAGCGUUGAGAAAAAUGCCAAUUUUAGAAGCAUUGGUUGGGUGCAGUCCCAUGGGCUCGGAAAUCUUCUCCUUUUUAUUAUAUGGACUGCAAGCAGAAGGUGGGGUACCUGGUACCAGGCACGUAGACUACGUACAUUUCUAGGGAUUCCUACUUCUUGCGCGUUUUCAAACAGGUCGUUGGGUUCACAAAGGCGUGGCGUGCGGAGGCAUCCAGAGCAAUGCUGCAGCUCCGCAGGAUGUUUGUCUGUUGGCUUCAAUGCUUUCAGUUGAAAGAUGGUGGCUCGGAACGGUAGACGUCUAGAAAGAGAAAAGAACGUGAUGCUGCACCACUCCAAAUUCCCUACUAGCUAGCUGCUGGAAUGUAGGUAGUUGCUACUAUCUAGCCACCAGUUGAUGUCCUUCCUACUAGAGGCUUCCCAACUACAGAAUAGAUUUGCAAUGGACUUUGCGUCCCUGCUGAUGAUUGACUGGUAGCUGCAUACGUUGUUUCUACUGGCUUGCAGUUUAUUAAAAAAUGACAACACCACACUCUUUCUUCAAGGGUAUGCUUUACAUCUUCUUGUAUCAGCCUGCUUUGGCUCCAUCAGGUCUACCAAGACAACUAAAGUAAAUGUAGUUUCUAGCUAGUCUAGCUAGAGUGGAGAGUCAGCUGAAGCAAUGAUCCAGAGCUUGGCUGUGUUUCCAAGGCCGUUUCCAAGCUCCAAGCAUCUGAUACCGCGAUCAAGCUCUUGUCGUUUUUACCAUUGUCAUGCAAAAAUAGAUAAAUUUAAAACAUUCGAUUGGACUGAGUCGAGUCCAAAUCGAAUGAUCAAGCUUUCGAUUGAAUGAUGAAUCGAAUCGAGGCUCCGUCGAUCCAUCAACCUCCAACCCCAGCCAACAACGUGCUCCCACAACCCUCCAGCGUCCACCGAUACCUCAACCAUGGUAAAGCACAUAGUGUUUGGCGUCGAACGCGACAUUGACAUUUACGCCGAUGUGUUUCCCACCGAGGAAGAACUGGAGGAGAUGGAGAGUCGUCUUCCCGGAUGCGAGCACGGUUGGUUUGAUUCGGUGGACAAUGGACUCCAGCUGCAUUAUCGCAAAUUCUUGCCGGCUGGACCACCGAAGGGCAUUAUCAUUUGGAUGCACGGAGUCCAGACGCACUGUGGACGGGCGCAUAUUUUGAAAGAUGGCCGUAAAAUCAACAUGGCAUUGUUAUCCGAUCGCGUGGUCCACCAGGAAGGCUAUGCUUUGUAUGCGUUUGACAUGACGGGCCACGGCUACAGCGAAGGAAGUCGGUUUCUGGUGAAAUCUACCGUGAAACAAGAUUAUCUCAAUUUUGUCAAGUUGGUGGUGGACGACAAUAAUAAUGAAAAUAAUGACGACAACAAUAUUCCCUUGUUUCUCAUGGGUGAAAGCUUUGGUGGCAAUUUAACUCUCCAGAUUGGUCGAUACUACCAAGAUCAUCCAGAUGAAACCCCCAAGGGCUUUGCAGGAAUCAUCUUGGUAGCAGCUGCUAUCUACGGAUAUCAAAUAUUCUUUCCAGUCGAUUUGGCGCUCAAGUAUUUUUUGACACCCUUUGUCCCACGCUUGCGGCCACCCGAGAUUCUUCCCAAUCCGGUCGCACCGUCCAUGCUGUGGCGAGACCCGGAAGUCCUCUACAUUAAUGCACAAGAAAAACGAGUGACGGAAAUGUGGUUGGAACCAGCCGAACGACAUUCCAAUUUACAAACUUCCUCCACAUUGAUCGAAGCUAUGAAAUAUGUACGCAAUGAGUGUAUUCCAGAUUUCAAGGGACCCUUUUGCAUCUUGCAUGGCACCAGCGAUCGAGCAGUGCCAAUUGCCGGCGCAUUGGAGUACUUUGUGGAACAGGUCGCCACGCCCGAACCAGAUCGUGCCGUCAAACGAGUGGGAGGUGCCUACCAUGACUUGUUGGGUGACCCCACUGCAGAGGAGAAUCUAGACUUUAUUCUGGAGUGGGUCAAGAAGCGAAUAGAAAUAAUGGCAAAGAAAUAACAAGUAGGCGCUGUGCGGUCCACCCAAGCUAUUACAGGGAGACAAAGAAGUACCAUUUUUGAUGUGUAAAUCUAUUAGGAUCGUAUGUAUGUGUGUGUCCCAACUAUCCAGGUACGGGAUUGCUUACAUGUUGUGGCUAGCUUGUGUGGGCU